AUGCGUCAAUUAACAGAAGAAGAAACCCGCGUCGUUUUUGAGAAAUUGGCUGGUUAUAUCGGAAGAAAUAUCAAACUGCUGGUGGAUAACAAGACUCAGCCGUUCGUUUUCAGACUUCAGAAGGAUAGAGUGUAUUAUGUUCCUGAACACAUUGCCAACCUGGCAACUUCGGUCGCCAGAACAAAUUUGAUGUCGGUGGGUCUAUGUUUGGGCAAGUUCACCAAGACAGGUAAAUUUAGACUUCAUAUUACAGCUCUUACGGUGCUGGCAGAACAUGCCAAAUACAAAGUAUGGAUCAAACCAAACGGAGAGAUGCCAUUUUUGUACGGAAACCAUGUUUUGAAAGCACAUGUGGGUAAAAUGUCGGAGGAUAUUCCAGAACACGCAGGUGUGAUAGUUUUUUCCAUGCAUGAUGUUCCAUUAGGAUUCGGUGUAAGUGCCAAGAGCACUUCCGAGUCCAGAAACGUUCAGCCCACUGGUAUCGUUGCAUUCAGACAAGCAGACAUCGGUGAAUAUUUGAGAGAUGAAGACACACUUUUCACGUAA